UAAAUAGGUGUCACAGGUGAGCGAUUCCAUUGAAAACGAAACAAGUUGUUAUAAUACCUGAGAUUUGUGACCGCUCCCCCGAUAACGUUCGUGUUCACGGGGAAAUUAAGAUAUUUCAUGCAUAAUAUCUGUUGUAAAUUUCGUAUUUUCGGAUUAUUAUUUAUCCAUUUGUGAUACUAUACGUAAUUCACAGACAAACAUGGCGCGUAUGGGAAAAUGUCACUUAUGUUUGUUGUUCACAGUGUUGCUUUUGAUACUAAUAUCACUUGGACUUUUAGUGACCAGUAUUGUCACAGAUUUUUGGUAUGAGGUUGACGGUACCAAGUCUUCAAACACGACCAUACAAAGAGAUUAUUCGUACACCAUGGGAAUGUGGCGAAAAUGUUACAAAAAUGGAAUUCCGUUUAGUGCUCCAGCAGAUGAUCGACAAGGCGAUUGUGUGUUCUCCUACAAGGAUCUCAUUAAGAGAGCCGAGGAUAACAUGCCCUCCGAUGAUUAUAGAUAUCUUAGUAUGGAGCGUUCCUGGUUAGCGUUGAUGAUAACGGCAGCGGGUCUUCAGUUUUUCACAAUAUUGGCAUUGAUAUGUGGAUUGUGGCCCGGGGACUGUCAGAGUGUCAAACGAUCCACCCUGUAUCUCGUUGCAUCUAUAAUGUGCUUAUUAUCAUCAAUGGCGGCAAUAGCAAGUGGCAUCUGCUUUAUAGCGCUACGUGACCUUGACCACACGACCCGGAACGCAUACCCCACAGCUGUGGACACCUGGUAUGAGUGGUCAUUUAUUCUAGCAUGGGUUGGUACAGGACUUUGCCUCAUUGAGGGAUUCAUGUUCCUAGGAUUGCUUAGAAUGGAUUAUGACGAUGUUGCAGAAUCCGGCCGAUACCAGACAAUGUAAAAAUAGUAACAGGAUAAUCUAUAAAUAGUAACGGAUGUUAUUAUAGCAUAGGGAUGUUUACUUAUUAUAAUGUGAUAUGAAAAGGUCAGUUGACACAAAAAUAAGGUUAUGAACCUGGCUUUGACGUCAUAUAGUAAAACAGUUAACUUUUUUCCUUUUUUUUCAAGCAAUAUGACAUUUUUUGUACAUGUAUAUAAAAUGCGAUAUUAAAACUUUCAUAUCAUCAAUUUUAAGUGUAAUUAGGAUUUGUUUGAUGUAGACUUUUCAUUUUCACGCUAAUAAGCAGACGUAACAGCCGCCUAUUUGAACAAAUCGGCGGUAGAAAUCAAAAUACCAAACUGGGACAGUGUUUGAUUUUUACUUGUCUCCAAAUAUGUACGACGCUUUAAAACUGUCGCAAGCUGUUAGUUUUUUAACAUAGAAAAACAGCGUAAGUUUUUAUAAUCAAAUAUAAAUGUCAAAAUACAUUCCAUUUAUCAUGAAUUUGUUAAGUGUUCAGCGUCGGGAACGUCUAUUUUAUUUUAUAUGCGAUAUAUUUGUUGCGGGGUUUUAAAUGUUUGUAGUGUAUUUCCCAAAGAAAUUGAACCGUUACGAAUGCUUUAUCACAAUUAUUAUUGUAUGUCAAACACGUGCAAAUACAAUCACAGGAAAUAAAUAUCAAAAGCAUUAUGUAUCAUCGGAGGACGAGCAAAACAAUAUUUUCACUUAACAUAAAUCACAGCUACACGUAGAUCUAUAGAUACUAAAUUUAUAAUGAUGCAAAUAACCCUACUUUUGAACAACAUUUUAGUUAAUAAUAUUAUAAUCAGGUGUUACGACCAACUUGCAAAGGAAAGCUUCAUCCUUUGUGAAAACUUACGUCUAUAUAUUAUAAUAGUCAAAGUUCCUGUUGUUGUAAUUAGCAUCUUGAACUUAGAUAUCAGCUACAAAAGAAGAAAAUGUGUAUAUAUCAAACUUUGCUAUAUAUAGACCAUUCAUCUUCACAAAAGAAAGUCCUAUUGCUACUGUAAAACAGCUUGUAUCAAUCUUAAUAUAAAAAACUCAACUUUUUAAAAGAGGAAAUUUAUUUACACUCAGGUUAAUUGACCAUUGAGAUAUCAAACGUUUUUUGUUUAAUAAAUAGGAAAACAGGAUUGACUGGACCUUUAACUGUCACUAAAAAGUCAAAAUGACCAAAUUUUUUGUAAAACGAUUAGAUGUAGUAAUACAGGAAAAAACAAUGUUUUCCAUAGUCCUCAAAAAGAGAAAAAAAUGUACGGAUAUGUAACUGACAUGCAUAGAUAGUCAUUACUUUUGUAAAAGAGCCAAACAAUGACAAGUAUGUUUUACACAUUGUUUGUUCCAGAUAAAUGUCUAUUUUUGUUGUUGCUUUAACAGUUUAUGAAUACUCAUAUAUUAUAUUUGGAAUUAAAUGUCCACCCUAGAGAAAUUAGAGAAAUAUAUAAGAUAUGUGUUAUUUGUUGUAAACUUAUUGUAGAUAUUUUUUCUAUACAUUUAUCGAAAGAUUAAAAUGUUUGUAAAAUAUG